AUGUCUUCACCUAAUAUCAAUUAUGAGGAGCUAACGAAGAAAUAUAAAGCUUAUCAAGAUAUAAUAUCACAGUUCUUUCGUCUUAAAACCACAAAAGAAGAAGAACUCCAAGCGAUUUAUCAAAAUUUCAAAACAAAUUUUCUUAAUCCAAAAAUUUAUACAGCAAUCAAUAUGUAUUAUCUUAUUAACAACACUUUCCCGUAUAAUAACAGAUAUUUACGGUCAUACUUAAGAAUAAUGAAAAUGGUUUAUGAAGAUUUCAAAAUAAAUCCAGAGCCAUAUGUUUCAUCUGUUUUGUUUUACUUCUUCAAUGAAGAAUAUGGACUUCCAGUGAGUCUCUUUAAUCAAAAAUUAUUCAAAUCCUAUCAGGAGAAAAAUUACACAAUAGACAUCCAUCAGGAAAAUACAAUAUACAGAGCUAUAAUGGAUGACGACAAAAAGACACUAAUCAUGUUCACUCAAAGAGAUGAUUUUGAUAAAGACAUAAAGUUGUAUAGUAAUUUAUAUCCAAAUGAUGGUUAUUCAUUACUUGAAAUUUGCUGCUAUCAUCGUUCUGUAAAUUGUUUCAAAUACUUAAUUACAGAAUACGGUUCAAAAAUCACUCCUAAAUGUCUUCAACUUUCAUUUUUAAGCGGAAAUCCAGAUAUUUUGAAUGAAUGCUUGAAAAAUCAAAAUCCAGAUCAAGCAUGUAUGACAAAUGCAAUAGUUGCACAGAACAUUGAUUUUGUUCAGUUUUUGGUGAAUGAAUAUGGCUUAGAAAUUAAAUUAUGGGACUGUGCAUUAUUCGGAAAUAUUCAAGCAUUUUUGGUAUAUCUCGAUACAACAAAAGAUAUCAAUAAUUGCUUUAUUAAUUCCCCUCUUUUUGUCAUGCCUUCUCUUGUUGAAUAUUUCAUUUCUCUUGGAGUUGAUGUAAAUAUCAAAGAUGACAAGGGAACCACCGCUCUUUACAAUUCUGCAAUGAUAUCUAACAAACAUAUAGCCGAAAUUCUUCUCUCUCAUGGUGCUGAUAUCAAUGCAUUGGACAGUGAUGAAAAUACAGUACUUCAUGUGGCCGCAUGGAGGAAUUCUGUUGAGAUAGCAGAACUCUUUAUUUCCAAAGGAAUUAAUGUGAAUUCCAAGAAUGAAGACCAAAUGACACCACUUCAUUAUGCUGCAGCAUCCUGCAAUUGUAAAGAUAUAGCAGAAUUACUUCUUUUUCAUGGUGCUGAUAUCAAUGCAAGGGAUCAAAGGGGAAAUACAGUACUUCAUGUGGCCGCAUGGUGGAAUUCUGUUGAGAUAGCAGAACUCUUUAUUUCCAAAGGAAUUAAUGUGAAUUCCAAGAAUAAAGACCAAAUGACACCACUUCAUUAUGCCGCACGUUCUGCAGAUACAAAUUUAGAAUUAGCAAAACUACUACCUUUACACAAUGCAGAUAUUGAUGCCAGAGACAAAGAAGAGAAAACACCUCUACUUUAUUCAGCAACAUCAAGUUCAACAGAACUAACAAAAAUAUUGAUAUCGAAUAGAGCUGAUUACAAAGCUAUUGACGAAAAUGGAAAUUCAGCACUUCAUUUGGCAUCGAGAACUUAUUAUACAGAGCAAGCAAAUUUGUUCAUUUCUCUUGGCUUAGAUGUUAAUGCCACAAAUAAUAAAAAUGAAAUGCCUCUUGAUUUGGCUAUAGAAAAUAACCACAUAGAAAUGGUAGAGUUUCUUAUCAAGCAUGGAGCUGAUGUUAACGCAAGAGUUAAUAAAGGUGGAAUAAAUGUUGAUAAAUAUGAGGAAUUGGUUUACAUGCGCUUCGACCUCAAUUAUGAUAGAAAAACUCUAACAGAUCCUGUUCUUCAUAAUGCAAUAAAAAGGGCUUCAAAAGAAAUAGUAGAUUUACUUAUUUCGCAUGGUGCUGAUAUCAAUGGAAGAAAUAAUGAAGGAGAAGUCUCUCUUCAUGCUGCAGCAUCCUGCAAUCGUAAAGAUAUAGCAGAAUUACUUCUUUUUCAUGGUGCUUAUAUUGAUGAAAGACAAGGUGAAGGAGACUCUCCCCUGAUUACUGCUGUGCGAUGUAAUCGAAUAGAAAUGGUAGAAUUUCUUCUCUUGCAUCAUGCCGAUAUAAAUGCAUGCAAUAAUUUUGGAAAAUCUGCUCUUCAAUAUGCAGCAGAUUUUGGUCGAAAUGAAAUAGCAGAAUUUCUUACUUUGCAUAAUGCUGAUAUCAAUGCAAGGGAUCAAAGUGGAAAUACCGCUCUAAUUUAUGCAUUUCGGAAUAGUCAUUUGGCAAUCGCUCAAUUUUUAAUUCAACAUGGUGCAGAUAUCCACGCGAAAGAUAAAGAUAAUAUGACUGUCCUGCAGUAUGCUGCAGAAGUUAAAUCCAGUGACGAAUGCCUGGAAUAUCUUAUAUCACAUGGUUUAGAUAUCAACGAAAAGAGUAAUGAUGGAAGUACUGCUCUUCACUACGCAUCAAGGCGUUCGAAUUUUAAUGCGGUUAAGAUACUUAUUUCACAUGAUGCCGAUGUCAAUGCAAAGAACAAUGAUGGUUGGAAUGCAUUCCCAUAUGCCGUAAUUGCUAAUAACAAAGAAUUAAUUGAGUAUUUUAUUUUACAUGGUGCGGAAGUUGAUUUAAAGGACUCAUUUGGAAGAACAGCUCUUAUGUUUGCUGUUAUUAACAAAUAUGUUGAACUGGUCGAAAUUCUAAUAUCUCAUGGCGCAGACGUUAAUGCAAAGACGAAUUAUAUGGAUUCAAUCCUUCAUCAUGCAGUAAGUUCAAAAAGUCCAGAAAUUGUGCGUAUAAUUCUUUCUCAUGGAGCAGAUGUUAAUGCUUUAAACAGAAAAAAUAAAACAGCUCUUGGCUAUGCUGUUGAGUUGAAUCUUCCAGAAAUUAUUAAAAUCCUUGAUCCAACCAAAUAA